UGAUACGAACGCAUGUUGAAACUCGAGGACUCCUACAACAAGAAGGAGUGGACAGAUGUUAUCAAGCAUUCUAAAGCGGCAAUUAAACUCGGAGUUGACAUGUGCACUAGGCUUUACAUCUACAGAACCCAAGCCUUUCUUGCUUCCAAUCUCACAGAGGAAGCUGUGGCUGAGCUCUCCAGUGCAGUUCUCCCUCUUCAAGAAUCAGGGUGGUUACUUCAAGGCACCAGAGAAGAAUGAAGAAGAGGCUGCACUUAACCAAGCCAACUUUGAUCAGGCGAUCAUGAGCAUAACUAAAGACCAGUGUGAAAAGUUGCUUCAGGUUGAAGAAGAAGAGCUCCUUGAGCUUGAAGAGGAGCUUGCUGAUAGGGUAAUGGGUCUCAAAGCCGCUGUUUCACUCUUGGAGAAUGUCUAUGAUCCGGCUAUUAAGAACAGAGCUGCUCGUGUUCAUCUACUUAAAGAGAAAAAGGAGAGUUUCUGCACACUGAACCUUGCUAAGAAGAAACAGGAGGAAGGCAACAAGGAAGGUUCUGAUGUUGAUGAGUGUGAGUAAAAAGCAAGGCUUUCUUCACGUCACUUGGCUAUUCAAAGGGUUAAAAACCUCAUUAACCUUUGAAAUAGCUUACCAUUUACAACAUUCUGCUACUUCAAUUUGGUUUAUAGUAUCUCUCAACUGUUUGUUAAACAACCUGCUUGCUUGUUUUUCCAUUGAUUAGUUACUCUUCUAGACAUAUUUCUCACGAUUUUACAAGAAUCUCGUUUCAACAUUGGAAAAAUAAAAAUAAAGUGAACACAAAUUCAUAUUUGUUUUCGUAUUUAAUCC